CAUCAGUGUCGCGUAUGGUACCACUGUGAACACACAUUGUAGAUAUAGCAUACGUCUAAUCGCUAAAAGUAAUUGUUUUGGGGGAAUUAACUGUCUCGUACAACGCGAUGUCUAUAUAGGACCCUGCAUGUUAUAUUCUUUCUGGCUGUAACAUGACCCUUGGAAGGUGCCCUUUUCAACAUGAAUGACGAUUCAAUUUUGGAGUGCGCAGUAGACCAUGAAUGCGUGUCCUUCCUAGAUGGACCCGCUGAUUUCUACAACUGGCUCUGUACUGGCUUCAGAGGUGCUAGAUCUAGGGUUGUUUUAGCAUGUCUAUACGUAGGAUGCGGUGAACUUGAAAGUAAGUUGCUGGAAUGCAUAGUGGCAGCCAAAAAACGCAACCCUAAACUGACAAUCGAUAUAUUGGUCGAUAAGGCACGUACGUCAAGGCUGGGAUUAUCAGGAGCCAUCGUAAGCCCACUUACACAACUGCAACCUUACCUCGGGGGAAACCAUGGAACAACAGUGUCGUUGUUCCACAACCCACUGCUAGGACGGUUACUUAGUAAGAUAUUCAAGUCGCCGUAUUGCGAGGCUUUCGGGACAAUGCACAUCAAAAUAUACAUAGCCGAUGAUGACUGCAUUAUAACAGGGGCUAACGCAGGGCGAGAUUACUUUGUGGACAGAUAUGAUCGUUAUAUGCUGGUCAAGGACCCGCUAUUCUCAGAUCUUAUGCAUACGUUCAUUAAAACCUACCAGUCUGCCAGUUUUACACUGACUAAGGACCUCACAACAGAGUGGAUAUCGGAUAUGGUCAACCCAUUGGACGAUAACAUGCUAUUCCGGAAACAACUUUAUAUACGUACCCAGCAAAUGGUACGGAUGUGCGAGGACGUCUUGAGGAAAAACUCAUUAAAACGUAAGAAACAUCACAGUGAAAAUACUGCAAAGUCACCAAGAAAGAAACGGGUUGUAUCUGAGAAAUAUGGACAGACACAUGGUUUUACCGGUGAUCUAGAAGCUGUUGAUAAUACCGGCACGGAGAAUGGAUGUUACUGCUAUAUUAAAAUAUGCCUACACCUGCCUUUUACUAAACCGGCUUUCAUGCAGGGAGUCAAUAUGCUAGAAGAGUGGCUGCUGGGAUACGCAAAGGAAGGCUUCUCCACGUUCAUCGCUACUGCAUACCUCAACUUCACUGAUAGGUAUGUCAACAUGUUCAAGGAAAUACUGAAGUUCGGACUACAACUGGGGAAACCAACGCCGCUGCAAGUGGUCACAUCAAGUCCAUAUGCAAACUCGUUCUACAAAGAUGGACACCUGAAACGAAUGGUGGCACUCUGCUACAGUACAGCUGCCACCUGGCUUUUCAAUGGAUUGAAACAGGAUUCAAAGUACCCAGAUGAUAUAUACAUGGAGUACAACCGACCUAACCAUACAUUCCACGCAAAGGGAAUAUGGAUACUGAAGGAUAGACUACCACUAGAAGCAGCGCACACUUCCGAAGCGCAGUUUGACGCCUGCGUAGAACCACCAUGCGCAACCGUUAUCGGAAGCUCAAACUACGGUAAACGCUCAUAUGAUAAGGAUAUGGAAAUUACAAUGCUGGUGGAAACCAAUUCACCAAGAAUCCGAAAGUUCAUGAGGCGUGAACUAUACGGUAUGCUCAAGUAUUCAGAGUACGUACCCUACGAAACUGUUAAGGAACGUCUUGGGCCAUCGCAAUACGUAGUCAGUCGCAUAAUGAACUCAUUUCUCUGAAUUAGCCUGUAUUACCCCUAAAUAAUGGGCAUACGCAUACCCGGUGACAC